AUGUCAAAUCCACAGCUUUGUCUAGUGCUUGCAAGUGCCUUUGUCUCAAUGGCAAGAGCUUGUACAAUGAUUGCAGUGGGACGCAAUGCAACAGUGGAUGGAUCUACACUUGUCGCUCAUACGGACGAUGCGGGUUUUGGUACUGGUGACUUACGAAUGGUAUAUGUACCAGCUCAAAAGUACGAGAAAGGAGCAAUGCGGUAUGUAUACAACGUACAACCAGGCUAUCCACGACUUGUGACAAAUGAGAGAGGACCUGAGUAUAAACCAAAGAAUGAACAAGAAGAGAUCAUGACACCACUUGGUGAGAUCCCGCAAGUCUUACACACGUACGGUUACUUUGAACAGGACUAUGGUUUUAUGAAUGAAGUGCAGCUUAGUAUUGGAGAAAGUACUAGUGGAGCUAGGACCGUGGGAUGGCCCAUGGAUGCAGGUUCACAUGGGCACAAUAUGUUUGGAAUUGGAGAGCUCACUAGAGUGGCGUUAGAGCGCUGUGACUCAGCUCGGUGCGCUAUACAGACCAUGGGCGACUUGGCUACCAAGUACGGAUUUUUUAGUGAAGACAGUGGUGACCCGGAGAAUCCAGAGUACGUGAACGCAGCCGAGACAUUGGGCAUUGCUGACCGUUACGGAGAAGUCUGGGUCUUCCACGUGCUCACGGGUCCACAAAAUGCUAGCGCUGUUUGGGCUGCACAACGCGUGCUUGAUACCCACGUGGUCGUGGUUGCCAAUGGCUUUGUGAUUCGUGAAAUGGAUCUGGACGAUCCAGAUCGUUUCAUGGCGUCAAAUAAUGUGCACUCAUUUGCUGAGGAGAUGGGGUGGUGGAAGCCGAAGCAAGGCAAGUUCGAUUUUACCGCUGUGUACGCUACUCCAACGCCGGACCCCGUGCGCCCUCUAUAUGUAGGGCGUCGCAUGUGGCGCGUAUUUGAUCUUGUGGCACCAUCCUUGCAGCUCGAUUCUCGCCUUGGGUAUUACCCAGAGUUCUCGACAUACCCGUUUUCAGUCGAACCAGACCGAAAACUCGAUGUGUCGGAUGUGACACACUUGUUGCGCGACUACUACCAAGGCACGCCUUAUGACUUGUCCAAGGGUCUUGCUUCGGGACCGUUUGGGAUGCCUAUGCGGUGGGGAGGCGACGAAAAAGGUGUCGUUGGUGGUUGGGAGCGACCGAUUUCCAUGUACCGCACCUUGUACAGUUUCGUGCUGCAAGCGCGUUCAUACCUUCCCGAUGCCGUUGGUGGCGUAGCCUGGUAUGGACAAAGCUCGCCUCAUGCUUCGGUAUUCGUGCCAUUUUCCUGUGCACAGCAAGAGGUGCCCUCCGCGUACAUCCUCGGUAAGGAAAGCGAGUUCACGCUUGGUUCAGCAUGGUGGGCAUUCAGCUUUGUUAACAACUGGAGCAUGUUACGCUUUGACGCUAUCAGCAGAGACAUUCGCGCUCGCAUUGCUGAGUUGCAGGAGGCAUGUUUUGCUAAGCGGAAGGCGAUGGAACAUCACGUCACGCACCAGUCUUUGACAACAGUUGAAGCUCGCAAAUACUUGCAAGAGCAAUCUAAUCAAUUGGCUUCCAAAGUCGUUCAAGAAUGGUGGGCUUUUGCAUGGAAGCUUGUGAGCAAAUACACAGACGGCUAUAUCACCACUGGCGAAGCUCCAAAUGAUAUGGAGAUGCCAGGUUAUCCGAAAUGGUGGCUCAAAGUCAGCAACUUCUCCAAAUGGCCAGGUGACACACUGGUGCCGCCGCGUAUCCCGGUGCUGGAGAAGCAGCUUGAGCUGUUUAGAAGUCGCCAGGAUGCGAGCGCUGAUCUUGCUGCGCAGCAAUCUACAGCAACGUGUUCAAAUACUGUCUCCAUUGCUCAGCUUGCCAUUGGCGCUGCAGUUGGGGCCGUAAUGGGUGCGUGCGCGACAUGGUUUGUUCUGAAGCGUCGGUUUGAGUAUCAGGCCAUCGGCUAA